AUGACUACCCCGGCCAUGCAAGACGUGUUCGCCAAGCGCGCUGCAGAGCUGCGCGAGUUCAUCUUCUCCCAACCUCGAAGCGACCUCGAGAAUAAUCCUUGGGCUGUGGCCCAUGCUAUUGAUACCUUCACCGAGAACGUCGGACACAUGAUGACUUUCAACCAGAAGAAGCUGGAGGUUGCGCAAGCGCAGCUUCUGGCUCAACAGCCUUCUACCCGGACCAUUCUUGAGUUUGGAACUUUUGUUGGCAAAUCGGCUGUGGCAUGGGGUGCCAUUCUUCGUGAUAUCUAUGGCAAGAAUAUGCCCGAGGAUGUGAAUGUUUAUACCUUUGAAAUGGAUCCCCAGAUGGUUGCCCUCUCCCGUGAGCUCAUCAAACUUGCUGGAAUUGAAGAUGUUGUACAUGUCUUGGAAGGACCCGGAUCCGAGUCUCUGAAGAAGUUGCAUGCCGAAGGCAAGGUCAUCGGCGUGGAUAUGGCCUUUUUCGAUCACUGGGAGAAGUACUACCUGCCUGAUCUGCAGUUGAUUGAGGAGUUGAAGUUGUUUCAUGUUGGAUCGCUCGCUAUUGCAGAUAACACUGAUUUCCCUGGCGCGCCCGAUUACUUGAAGUAUGUUAAGGCGGGAGGAUAUGGCGGUGUCAAGUACGACAGCAAGUCCUUUGAGACGGCGAGCAAGCCUGGACGGCCGAGCACCGUGGAGGUUAGCACCAUUGUUGCUGUUUGA